AAUGUUCGGUUUUAAUGUAAAAUUUGAACAUGGCAGACGACGAGCUCGGAAUUUCAGAAGAUGAUGUCGACGAAUUAAGCGAGCUUUUCCACCUAGCAUCUAAUUUUGUGCGAUCUUCCACGAAUAGCUUUAACCAAGAGCAGCUUCUCUAUUUGUAUGCUAGGUUUAAGCAGGCUAAUGAUGGACCUUGUUUUGUUUCUAAGCCUGGAAUGUUUGACUUUCAAGGGAAAAAAAAGUGGGAAGCAUGGAAAAGCUUGGAAAAUAAAACCAGAGAGGAAGCAAUGAAAGAGUAUAUUUCAAAGGUGACCUUAACUGUGCCAGACUGGAAUUUGCAGUUUGACAGGAGACAGGCUGGUGAUGGGUGGGUAGGUGUCAGCACAAUGUCCAACACAGACACAGUGAUUGAGGACAGAAACAAGACGGCCUUUGAUUGGUGCAAGGAUGGGGAUACAAAGCAUCUACUGCACUAUCUAAAGACCACCAAAACAAACGUCAACAAACAGGAUGAAAAUGGAAUGACUAUACUUCACUGGACAUGUGAUAGAGGCAACAUUGAAAUGUUAGAUGCUCUUCUUGGCCUCAAAGCUGAUCCAAAUAUACAGGAUAAUGAUGGACAAAGUCCUCUGCAUUAUGCGGUGAGUUGUGAGCACCAGGAUAUUGUGGAAAGACUGCUGAAGACCAGCAUCAACCUAAAGCUUCAGGAUGUAGAUGGUCUCACAAUUACAGACAUUGAAACCACUCCAGAGAUAAAGCACUUGCUAGAACAAUAUGUUACCUGAUAUAUGCUUCAUUCAUACAGAUUUUAAGAACAGUUUAUGAAUUUACAUGUCUUUCAUCAAUUUUAAAAUGGCUCCUUUCCGAAUCCUAACAUAAUCUGUUAUAGGAUUAAUUUUAAACAGCGUGGCAUUGUUCUUGUAAUUUAAUGUGAAGAGAUAAUUACCGAUAGCAUAUUGUGUGGGAGGGAGAACUUUAAACUCUCAUCAUCUCAAGUAUUUCAGUGUUAAUAUUUAUGAUCAAAUACUGGUACUUUCAUUAUAUUCAAAUUACCCAUUUGUACAUGUAUUAAUGUAUUGCUGAACUUCAUUGUCAUUAGUUCGUGUCUCAUGUUGACACAUGUAGAAGAUGGAUAAAGAUUGUCAAUUCCUAGUUACUGAGCUGUAACCAUUCAUUAAUGUAGAUAUAAAUGAAGGAAAUAUCAAUACCUGCUAGCAGGUCUUGUAACUGGAUCUGAUCAAAACUGGAAAAAAUCAUUAAUUAGGUCCAUUGCUUGACCAACAGUAUGAAAUAUCAGUACAUUGUUACAUGUAUCCAGGGGUUUGGUUUUUUCAAGCCUAAAGCUAAGUACUGGUAGAUAUUUAGCAUAUGUCCUUAUAUUUUUAAAGUAUUUCCUUUGGUAAUGGUAAGAAAUCUCAACUACUGGUACAUGUCUGACAUUUAAUAUUGCAUUGGUACCAUAUUUUGAUUUUUAGCAAACUUACAUCAUGUAAAAUUCUUUUAUCAACAGUAAAUGAUGUAAAAUAGACCGAAAUGCUGAUUUAUUGACUCUUACUUUACAUAAUCUUGUAGGUACGGUUAAACAUGCUUCUUGCCAAGUGCCCUCAUGUGUUAUAUCAGUUCUGACAGUCUAUUAUACUAUGGAAGAUUUUAGGGAAUAAAAAGGAAAGUGAUAUUACUGUAAAGUUGGCUGAAAUGCAUGCUUCAAUUAGAACUCAUUUUCUUUUGAAAUAUUUGAAUCUUAUGAGUAAACAUAGAGAUUACAAAAUAUGGUGUAAUCAAGUAUUUAGUUCCUAAAUUAUUGCCCUUUAGGUAAUGCAUUCCUGGUCCAGCCACAAUUUCUCUUGUUACUAUACAUUUGGUACCUUGACCAGCCUCUGAAAUUGCAGAUAACCCAGCAAGGUAUAUAAAACCAAGGUCAAGUUGUCUUCCGAAUCAAAGACAUUAAAGAGAGGAAUGUAGUAGUUGGGGCUAUAUGGACCGUGGUUCUGCCUGGGUAGUUCAGUGGUAGAGCACCUGACUAGAGAUACAGGGGUCCUGUGUUUGACUUCAAGUCCAGCCACAUCCUUUUCCUCUAUCACAAUUAAAUUAAAACCGAAUUAAAAAUUCAUGUUAUACAAACAUUGACUGGGUUGAACUGUUGAAGGCAACUUUAAUUAGCCCUGAGGGACGAAAUAUUGCUCAACGCAAAGUGGAAGGCAAUAUAUUCAUCCAAAGGGGGCUAAUUUAAUUAAUGUUGCCCCCAAGAAACAGAGUCAAUAUUUGUUUUUUUAUAUGAAGAAACAAACCUAAAACCAAGAGAGGAUUUGAAAACAGAUUAUCGUAAUUUUCUCAAAUCGACAUAAAAUUCACAAAUUCAAUUUUGUGCAAAGUCCAUUUCCAAAAUAUUGUUGGCAUCAAACGGUUACUGUUUGAUAUUCCACUGCUUGUAGGAAUUAAGCUACAGAUGUUCUGUCUAAUUUUACUUUUCAAUAAUUUGCAAAUCCUUAUAUCCAUUAUUAUAGCACACCAUCACAUUGCUUGUCCAUUGUUUACUUGCCUUGACUGAUUGUCUACUAUUACAUAAUCUUGUUUUUGAGUCGCGAAGAUUUCUUCACAACACAGUUUAUGAAUCAAGGGAAUAUUCUCUGGAUAUUAUUCCUAGCCGAUCUAUAUUACAAAAAUAUUGACUGUACUAUAUUUUUUGGAUGAGCUUAUAUGACAAUUAUUGACUAUUUGUCUAUAUAGAAUUAUAUACCGUAGUGAGAAUAAACUACUGAAUAUAACAAUGUAUUGUAUUGCUUCCUGUCAACUAAUAGUUUGUUCAUCGGGGGCUAACCUAGAGUUGCUGCAGUCGACAUUUGUAUUGUGUUUUUAAUUCAUUGAUAUGGAUGUAUCAUGUUUAUUAGGAUUAAAUUUUGUUUGGAGUUACGGUCUCCCAAUUUAAGAGGCACCAUUGUACAUAUCCAUGCGUCUGUAAUAAACUGUAUUAUUAUAUGAUUGAUCAAUUCCUAGCUCUCUGAUUGGCUCAAAUCCAACUAUUUUGAAAAAACAGAAUGUUAUAUUCACCUGACAUGACCUAGCUAGGAGGUCAAUAUUAUUAACAUUUGAUUUUCUCUACAUUGGACUAAAAAUAGACCGUCCAAUGAAACAUCGCCUUUCUCAAUUUGUGUAGCAAUGGCUUCAACUUAAAACAUUGCUUGAAAACACUCAAUUUAAUAUAUGUCUGUAUCAAUUCGUCGCUGAAUCAUAUAAUAAAAUAAUUAUUACUGUUUUUUCGAUCAAUAUCGAAAUCAAUAUUCACCUCGCCUCCGACUCGCUGAAUAUUGUACUUCUAGGGUAGCUAAAUCAUUGUAUUGACGUCAAAAACAGCAAUAAUUGUAUAAUAUUACAUGGCCAAAACAUUCAUCAUACAAUACUAUGUUUUCUAAAUAAAAAGAAAAAUACUUAUUAAGAAACAUAGCUUUACUCAAAAUUUACAACACAAAUAACAUUGCUGCCUUGAAAUGAGAGAAGCUAUAUGCAUACAUUUUUAAAAUGUAAAGCAAAUUGACAAAAUGUGGCAAUUUUUUGAACAUAAAAAUAUGUAUGAAUGUCCAAUUACUGGUAGUAUUGAAACACCAUAUUUCAUGAGACCUAAAAUAAUACUCAUUGGACUUUGAUGUUUGUUUCUUGCUUCAAUAAAUUGAUAAAAUUGA